ACGUUUUCCGUCGAGAAAUGAGCUCACAAUCAUCCAUCGUGGUUCCUGAGGGUUUCACUCUGCACACAGAAAAUGCUGCCCAUAUUCUUCUGCCGUCCUCAAAUGAAGCGUUCCUGAAUCCUGUGCAAGAGUUCAAUCGUGAUAUGAGCGUAGCCUGUAUCCGAGUGUAUAGCGAAGAAGUUAAUCGAGAGAAGGAAGCUAGGUGGAAGAGAAAGCAGGAGUACAAGGCUAAGAAGGCUGAGUCCGGUUCGAAAAACAAGAAGGCAAAAACAGUCUCUAACUCGGCUGGCGGCACCCAUGGAUCGGAGGCCCACGAACAAGAUGCAGUAGAAGAUGCAGGACCCGGUCAAGGUCCGUCUUCUGCGGACUCCCCUGAGUUGAAGGCCCAAGAGUACCGCCCCUACACCAUCGAAAUCCUCGAAGCACUUUCCGCUACCGGUCUGCGCUCCAUCCGAUACGCCAAAGAGAUCCCCCUCGUAAAAUAUGUCAUCGCUAAUGAUCUAUCUCCUUUGGCCGUGGAAGCCAUGAAGAGGAAUAUUGAAAUUAAUGGCCUUGGACCCAAAGAUGAUGUGACACCGGAUCCCUCUGGAUCUUCUGCAGAACCCGUCCUCAAGGGGACACACGGCAAGCAGGAUUUGGGAAAGGUAAAAGUCAAAGUCAAAGAAGGGGACGCUUGUGCUCUCAUGUACAACCAUCGUCCCGAGCGGAGUCGAGUCGAUGUAGUCGAUCUAGAUCCAUACGGUACGGCCGCACCCUUCAUCGAUGCAGCUGUACAAUGCGUCAAAGAUGGAGGUCUCUUAUGUGUCACAUGCACAGAUCUAUCUGUCUUAGCCACCACCAAUUAUCCCGAAAAAUGUUUCUCCAACUACGGAGGAAUACCUGUGAAAUCGGAGUACUGCCACGAAGCAGCCCUACGACUUGUGCUACACGCCGUAUCCACGUCUGCUGCGCGGUACGGUCGCUUCAUUCAGCCCUUGCUGUCAUUAUCGAUCGACUUCUAUGUCCGUUUAUUCAUCAAAAUAAAAUCCCAGCCGAUCGAGGUCAAGAAAGCCGCUAGUAAAACGUCAACAUACUAUGUCUGUACCGGGUGCCAAUCAUUCUACGAGCAGCCGCUAGCUAGGACCGUGGAGCAGGUUCACGAACGCUCUGGCAACGUUAACUUGCUUUUCAAGACCCAUGCAGGUCCUACGGUACCGGAGAGAUGCACAGAGUGCAAUUCAGUUUUGCAUGUGGCGGGUCCGAUGUGGUCGGGCCCUCUACAUGAUCCAGAAUUUGUCGGGAAGGUGCUUGAACACUUAGAAGCCGAUGCAGAUCAUUAUGGCACGUCUACUCGGAUGAGGGGCAUGCUAACCGUGGCGAAGGAGGAAUUAACGUUUCCGUUCUAUUUUACUCCUGCGAAGAUAUCUAGCUUCUUCCAUUGCACCUGUCCUUCACUAGACGAUGUUGCAUCUGCGCUGCUCCAUGCAGGCCAUAGCGUGUCAAGAUCACACGCCUGCGCAGGCUCCUUGAAGACGUCCGCCAGUCGUCGAGAUGUCCAUGAUGUCUUCCGUUCCUGGAUAAAGACACAUCCCGUCAAGAUGGAAAACGUCUCGGAAAAGUCUCCUGCACAUCAACUACUUGCGAAGGAACCGAGCUUUGAAGCCAACUUCAAGCGCCACCCUCUUUCGGUUACGCCCUCGGCCAAGGUCAAAUUGGUACGGUAUCAGCAGAACCCGACUGCAAACUGGGGCCCAGGUACUAAAGCAAGCUCGGGUACAAAGCGCAAAAGAGAUCUGCAGGAGUCAUAG